UGGUGCUUGCGAGCUGAUCACGCCGGCGCUUCACGACGAGAAGCCGGUGUGAGGGAGUUGGAGCCGUGCGGCCAGAGGCUUGUUAUCCGGCAAACGGUGAAACUGCCCGUGAGCCGUAAGAGAGUAGCAGAUUGGCGCGAUCUAGAUCCGUCACUUAGUAGGCGGCAAACCCGUUUGGAGGCUCAUUGCCCGAGUACCGGUACCGUGCGGCCUGAGGCUCCGUCCCGGAUACCGGGUGAACCUUUUUUAGCAAUGAACAGAAAGAUGGGGCUGCUGAUCUGGGCUUCACUUUGCUUCACACUUGCUCACCUGGCCUUGCAUGCAGAAUCGGUUGCAGUGAUGUCAGUUGACUUGGGCAGUGAAUGGAUGAAAAUUGCCAUUGUGAAACCAGGGGUUCCUAUGGAGAUCGUAUUAAACAAGGAGUCAAGAAGGAAAACUCCAGUUGCUGUUUCUUUAAAAGAAAAUGAACGACUCUUUGGGGAUAGUGCAGUGGCAAUGUCAGCGAAGAACCCAAAGGUUGUAUUCCGCUACCUCCAGGAUCUUCUGGGAAAGCAGCUGGAAAACCCACAGGUCAAUCUAUACAAGAAGCGUUUUCCUGAACAUAGGCUGAUGGCAGCCGAGCAGCGAGGAACCGUUCUGUACAAAGUGUCUGAUGAAUUAUUUUAUUCCCCUGAGGAGAUAUUGGGGAUGGUUCUGAAUUACUCAAGAAGUUUGGCUCAAGAUUUUGCAGAGCAGCCCAUUAAGGACCUGGUGAUCACUGUGCCUGUAUAUUUUAACCAAGCGGAAAGGAGAGCAGUCUUGCAAGCUGCUCGGAUGGCAGGCCUCAAGGUCCUUCAACUCAUCAAUGAUAACACAGCUGUGGCCCUGAAUUAUGGCGUUUUCCGGAGGAAGGAUAUUAAUACCACAGCCCAGAAUGUGAUGUUUUACGAUAUGGGUUCAAGCAGCACCACUGCCACCAUUGUUACUUAUGUGACAGCGAAGACAAAGGAUUUAGGAACACAACCUCAGCUCCAAAUCAGAGGGAUUGGUUUUAACCGAAAUCUGGGUGGACUUGAAAUGGAAUUACGCCUGCGGGACCACCUUGCUGAACUCUUCAACGCACAAAAGAAGACAUCCAAAGAUGUCCGUCAACACCCAAGAGCAAUGGCCAAACUGUGGAAAGAAGCAAAUCGUUUGAAAACGGUGCUGAGUGCAAAUAUUGAUCACAUGGCACAGAUUGAGGGACUUCUUGAUGACAUUGACUUCAAGGCUAAAGUAACAAGACAAAAGUUUGAGGAACUAUGUAGUGAUCUGUUUGAGAAAGUUACAGACCCUGUACAUCAGGCUUUAAAAACAGCUGAGAUGCAAAUGGAAGAGAUUGAUCAUGUAAUUCUGGUGGGUGGAGCAACACGAGUUCCCAAAGUGCAGGACGUCUUGCUAAAAGCUGUUGGAAAGAAGGAGUUGGGCAAGAAUAUAAAUGCUGAUGAGGCAGCGGCAAUGGGAGCAGUCUAUCAAGCUGCUGCUCUAAGCAAAGCCUUCAAGGUCAAACCAUUCCUGAUCCGUGAUGCAGCUCUCUAUCCUAUUCAGGUUGAAUUUACCCGGUCAAUUGAAGAAGAUGGUGUGAAAAGCAUUAAACACAACAAGCGUGUGCUAUUCCAGAGAAUGUCCCCAUAUCCGCAACGAAAGGUUAUCACCUUCAAUCGCUACACUGAUGACUUUGAAUUCUUUGUGAAUUAUGGGGAUGUAAAUUUCCUCAGUGAGCGUGAUCUCAGCAUAUUUGGAUCUUUGAACUUGACUAAAGUUCAAUUGAGUGGAGUUGGUUCAAGCUUCCAGAAGCAUACAAAUGCUGAAUCUAAAGGUAUUAAGGCCCAUUUUAACAUGGAUGAAAGUGGAAUACUGGCACUUGAUAGAGUAGAGGCUGUUUUUGAGACUCUGCAGGAUGGAGAACCAGAGGAAGAGUCAACCUUGACCAAACUUGGAAACACCAUUUCUAGUUUGUUUGGAGGUGGAAGCUCUGAAACAGAUGGAAAGGAGAAUCUGACAGAAUCUGUGCAGGAUGAAGAGGAGAUCACGAGUAAAAGUGAGAAAGAAGUUCCAGAGGAAAUAGAGAUUCCAGGUAAAGCAACACCCUCUGAACGGGAUAGCAGCAACCCAGAGAAACAAGAUGAAGAAAAAAACGGGAGAAAACCAGAUGAGGUUGAAAAAGGAGAGAACAAAUCUGAAACUCCAAAUGUGCAAAUGAAUGCUGAGAAGGAGGAGGUGAAGGAUCCGGAAUUGAAUAAAACUGAGGAGGUUAAAAAGCCAAAAGGACCCAAGAGGGUGAAGAUUAGUGAGGAUGUGACUGUUAAUUUAGAAAUAAAGGACUUGCUUGAUUUGUCACAAGAGGAAAUGAGUCAGUCACAAAAGAAGCUUCAGGAUCUUACAGAUCGGGAUUUCCAGAAACAAGAACAUGAAAAAGCAGCUAAUUCAUUAGAGGCUUUCAUCUUUGAAACUCAGGACAAGCUGUAUCAGGAGGAAUAUCAGCUAGUCUCCACCCAAGAUGAACGUGACCAAAUCUCUGCCAAGCUUAGCGAGGCUUCCAACUGGCUGGAUGAGGAUGGAUAUACUGCUACCACUAAGGAACUGAAAACAAAGCUUUCUGAGCUACGCAAACUGUGCAAGGAGCUCUUCUUUAAAGUAGAAGAGAGGAGAAAGUGGCCAGAUCGCCUGGCUGCACUAGAUAGCAUGCUCAAUCACUCUACCAUCUUCUUGAAGGGAGCGAGACUGUUACCCGAAGAUGACCAGAUUUUCACAGAAGUGGAAUUAAGCUCUCUGGAAAAGGUUAUCACAGAAACAACAACAUGGAAGAACACGACUGUAAAGGAGCAGAAUAAUCUGUCGUCUACAGAAAUGCCCAUCCUGCUUUCUAAAGACAUAGAAGCAAAGCUGGCUCUCUUGGACCGAGAAGUCAAAUACUUGCUUAACAAAGCCAAGUUUGCGAAACCUAAGCCCCGGAAAGAAAAGAACACCACAACACAAGAAGCGCAAAAUGCAACGCAGGAUGACAAGAAUGCAACAGCUAUUGAUGGUGAUAAGAUUGUACCACCUGAGAAAAAAGCAGAGGAAGACACAGCGGCCAAUAAGGAAGAGGUAAAACCUGGUGAGGCUCCACCCAUGGCAAGCCAAGCUCAAGAAACCAAUUCUAAGGACGACACCACAUUACCCGACCCAGUAGAAGUAGAAUCUAGUGAAGAUACAGAGAAGAAACCAGAAAGCAAGUCAGACAAACAUCCUCCUGAUGAGUUGUAACCCCACCUGGGUCCUUCAGCAGCUCUAUUUAUAUUACAUUACUUUUUAUGUAAUGGACCACUUUGCCAUAAUUUAACAGACAAUGAAUUGUGAUUGGAGCAGAGGUGUACAUUUUUCUUUUAUAUAAAAAAAAGAACUGGAUUUCCCUGUGACAGACUUUGUUGGAGAGUUUUACUUGUAAUGCAGGUACAGUUCAAACAACAAUUAGGGACACGUAGGAAGCAAUGUAUGCAGAAUGGAUGUUUGAUGUUCAAAGGGAUUUCAAAAUGACCUGAGUUAUUGGAAACUAGUGUGUAUCUUGUUCUUGUUAAUUUUGCUUCUUUUUCUCCUGCCUUUUUUUUAAUGGUUUUAACUGAACCUAUUGCACUGAAUAGAAUGUUAAUUUUGCUUUAACUUGGAGUGGGAUGUGGGUUUGGUAUAAAACUGCAUAAGUAAAUCAAAAAGCAGCUUCCCUGGGAUCUAUUUUACUUGAUAACAUUUAAACAAAAAUGAAUGGCACCUCAAGCUGGCAAAAUCUAACAAUUUAAUGUAGGUGAGGAUAAUGGCAUUAUUUAAUACAGCUAUGCUUCUGUCAUUAUCUAACCCAUGGGGAGUAUUUUUCUUGAUGCUUCAUAAACUGGCCUGAUCUUUACAGUAUUGUGUCCCAGGGUUCUUUCAGUGUGUCCCAUAUCAGCCAGUAGAAUAGAAUCAGAGCGGUAGUGCUGUCCUUUUCAACUUAUGCACCUGGCCAAUGAUAUGUUGAUAUCAAUGCAUUAACCCAGAAUUAUGCUGGGACAUUUGAUGCUUGUUGCAUUCUUGGUGGGUAAAGGGAGUAAGACUGGCUCAGCUUCACUAUUUGUUCUCAACCUUUGCGAAUUGUUCUCUCCCCCCCCCUCCCCCCCCGUAAUGUCCAUCAAGUCACCUGAAGUUCCCAGUGUGUGAUUGAUUUUGUAAUACCAGUUUGACUCGGAGACAAAUCUCUUAACGUUAAUCGUUUAAAAUGAAGCCUGUUGCAACUACUUCCAGUAUAUGUUGCUAUGUAGGUUUAAAAAACACCCUGGAUUAUCUAUCUUGUUUGUUGUUCACUUCUAAUUUGUAUUGUAAAACAAGUUUGAAUAGUGUACUUGUAUGGAUCUGAUGUCAAGAAGCCCUGGGCUAAUGGUCAACAUCUGAAUUUUUAGAACUGCCAGUCCAAGUUGUGGAUUCAUUGAAAGUCUACUUUAUAGUACAUGUAGCAAUGGAAAGAUUGUUUUGCUGCUGGAGUGCUGCCUUUUGCCAGCUCUGAAUAGAUAUAAUAUGUUCCAUUAAGCUGCUUUAUUUGGUCAGUAACCUGUGUAUGUGUUUCUGUUUUGUGUUCAGAAAUUAAUAAUUUGAGGUUAUUCAGAGUCUACUUUGAGGUCUGGCAACUGUUGUUAAGACAGGGAAAAGUUCACCAGCAGUACCCUGUCCAUCACCUUUCCAUUACAGAAGUUUGUUGUUUUCUUCAACUGCAUCUAGUUUACUGAAGGAGAGUCACUGGAGGCUGGUCUCCUAUUGCCCAACCAACGGUGUUGAAGCGUCUCCAAUUUUACUGUAACCCGGUUUCCUCCUCCAAAUUGAUGGCCUGAAACCUAAUCUCAUUAGAUGAGACUGGAUGGUGGUACCACUACAGUGGGUUUGGACUAAGGUUCAGUGCUUCAUCACUGUGUUGCAAGUUACAUUUUGGGUGGAUUUCCCUCAUGCACUUGGCGUUGAAUGAAUAAUUUCAAAAAUUAAAAAAAAUUAAAAUUUGGCAGAUCUCUCUGCACCAGUUGGUGCUGCCUUGUGGUAUAACCUGAAUGCGGGGAGUCAAAAGUAAAUUGGGACCAGUUUGAGAAUCUGCUGGCUGCCAUUUCUGCAAUGAAUGUUCUAAAAACAGUUAGACUCACCAAGACACCUAUAUGUUUAUCUGCACUGUUCCCUCUCAAUAAAAUGAAUUUUAUGAAUUUAUUAAUAGCUGGUUACACAUUGUACUUUCUGUUCAUAACCAAGCUGUGAGGAUACUUAUCAGUGAGAUUGUAUAAUACUCUGAACUUAGGUAGAGAUGUUUGUUAGUCUUUGCUGAACCCCUUGUUCUUCUGGUGUGAGUUCAUUAUCCUCCUGGACAUUUCUAACAGGAAAUCAUAUCUUCGGUUAUUUAAUCUAUAAGCCCCAUACCCUGUACUGUACUUCACUGACAACAUACCAGCUGAUACUUUGUGUAUCUCCAAUUUUAGGAUGUGUCACUUAUACACUGUCUGGCAACUAAGGAGUUAUUUGACAAAGUUGGACCGAUCUUAGUUAAAAUUACUAGUUUUCAAACCCAUAUGAUCAUCUACCUUUAAAUAACCUUUUGCAUUAUGUUGAGUGUUUACGUGAACUUGUUUUGGGUUGGAUAUACACUUGCCAACUUGGAUUAAGUUAUAUUUCAAAUUAGGGUGAACUAAUCUAUUUUACGAUAAUGAAUUCUUCUGUUUAAAAAAAUCCCUAAUAUUUCUAUAACUUUGCAGGGUUAUGACCUCUUCCUUUGAUAUUUUGCUUGCAAAUAUCUGCCUAUACACGUGCAUUAAUCAAUUGUAAUGGAUUAGGACCAUGACCCAACAGUGAACAAAGUGACUUGUUCCUGUCAACUUCAGUCUGGGUUAAACAUAGCCCACCUAUCCAAACUACAGUACCCGGAACAAGACUCUCAUUGUUCUCCAUCAUUGGAAGUAAUCAAUUGCCUAUUUUUAUGCCCUUUCUUCCUGGCCUGGCUGAAGUUCAUCGCACCUUGUGUGCUACGGACUACCGCUUGCAUUAGAAGCCUGAGAGAUGCAGAUACUCUGUUUUAAACUGUACAUGAAUGUAAAAUAGUUUGUAUUAAAGGGGAUUGUGGCUCUACAAUGCAAGAUGGAGAAAUGGGGAGAAUAGGGAUAUCAUCUGCCCAGUAUUGCAUAUUCUUUUGAAAGUAUAGCAUUGCAAUUCUGUGCCAAUUGAAAGAAUCAUCCUGUCCAUUAGGAAAACUUGAUGUUACUGAGAUUUUUUUUUUGACAGCUUGCUUUCCCGGUGUUCCUCAACUAUUGCGUAUAACGGCUUCAUUACUCUUCCCUUGAUUACCCAACUCCACAGUUUUGAUACUAUGUGGAACAGUAUUACUAAUAUUUAGGAAAUUGGGCCUUUCAGCUUUUAAGAAUUUUUAUUCAGUCUGUCUAUGGCUCUAUGGAUCAGGUGUCCAGAUGACUUGAAGGAAAAAGUGUUUUAAGGUUGGAGUUGAAUAAACUGGCUGAUAGAAUUUAUACUGUAUUUUUCUAGUAAUGCGCAGAGCAAUUUCAAUACAAAGUUUGCCUAAAAUAUUUGAAACCUGAAAUUAUUGACCUCUUGUUUUCAUCUAGCCACAGUGGGAGUGAAGAAAUAGUUCAAUCAGCAAACAUACAUUAAAAAAAAUUUCAUUUGCAGUACAAGGCCUCACUUUGUUCUGCCUGGGUCAUUAGUUCAUCCAGUGGAGGUCUGGUAGCACUUGGUAUGCAGAUUGUUAUGGCUUGGGGCAGUAUACACGUGUAUUUUUAAAUAGGUAAUAUGCAUCUGAAAAUUCUGGCAAUAAGAGCUUUGGUUUAAACUUGCAACUUGCAUAAACUUGUUUUAUUAUGUUAGUUUCUAAAGUUACUUGGUAAAAUGUUUCAACAGCUCAGGGCAAUUGCAUUACUGAACCUAAAAUCUGGCUAAUAUUAUGCAAUUUGCAGGAAGCAUGCUGUACCAGUAGUUAUUGAUCUACAGUCUGAUAGUUGGUUACAAAUAAACUCUACUCACGUUG